CCGCCCAGUUUUCUGCGCGCUCAUAUAAAACGGCUGAGCGCCCCAUGUUGGGUAUCAGUUGGAUCAAAUAGAUCAGAGCUGCAUCCAUUAUUCAACAUGAAAUCUUUAAUCCUUGCUUCUGCCCUUGUUGCUCUGGUAGCUGGAGAUGCUGAGCCCCAGGUGUUCGGCUACCCCUACGGAUAUGCUGGUGCUUUCUACGGAUAUGGCAAGUCUGCCCCUUGCGUAAACGCUGCCAAUGUCCCUGUUCCUUGUGCUGAUGGAGUCCAUUUUCUUGGAAAGCGUGAUGCUGAUGCUGAGGCUGACCCAGCCCUCCUUUACUCUGCUUAUGGAUACCCCUAUGGUGCAGGAGCAUACGCCUAUGGUGCCUAUCCCCAUGCCGUUGCUGCUACUCCCUAUGGACUGACCCAUUCCUCCAAUGUUGGUCUGUGCACAAACUACCUCGGAGCUGCUGUUCCUUGCGGCAAGAAGAAGAGAUCUGCUGAUGCUGAGGCUGAGGCUGAUCCCGCCCUUCUCUACUCUGCUUACGGAUAUCCUUAUGGAUAUAACUACGGAUACACUGCCCUCAAUGCUGUUGCUCCCGCUGUCAGCUACGCAGCUGCCCCCGCAGUCGCCUAUGCCACUACUCAUACCAUUGCUGCCGCUCCUGCUGUCACCUAUGCUGCCGCCCCUGCUCUCACCUAUACUGCCACCCCUACUCUGGCUUAUGCUGCUGCACCUGCUGUUGUUGCUACCAACGCUGUUGCUGGACAUGCUGUUGCUGCCACCCCCUUUGGAUACACCCACAGCUCAAAUGUUGGUAUCUGCACCAACUAUCUUGGAGUCCAGGUUUCUUGCUAAACUGAGAAGCUUAUCCUCCAAUCUUCCUAUCCUCUUCCAACCCUCCCUCCAACCUCUUUUAGCAUUUGACCCCCACAGCCUCCAACCACCAAAGCGAUAAUCAUGUGCUAAGCGGAUUAAAUGAUUCUUAUUUAAAUAAAUUUUAAAUCCUA